AAGACUCACAGAUACUCGCCAACGUGUACUGAUGGGAUUCAAUACGUGGCCAGAUGAUCUUUCUAAACCUUUUCUGGUGGUCCUUAUAGUGACGAGCGCUCUCUUGAAUCUCCCUCAAGCCACGGGCAUAAAUUGCAACACUAAACUGACCAUAAUACCUGAUGUAGAGAUUUCUAUAAAUCCACCAAGGCACGAACUAUCUGUGGGUACUGCAGUUAACCUAACUUGUACGGCGCAGCCCAGGAGUAUUGAUGCAGGAUAUUACGAUCGAUGGACCGAGUAUACUCAGUGGUACGAUCCACAAGACAAGCCAACUGGAUACAGAUGUGUACAGGGUAGACACAUGGUAUUAAAACGUAGAUGCACAUUAAUGAUCGAAAAACUGACGGCGAAUCAACUUGGAAGCUACACGUGUGAAACAGGAAAUGGUUAUCGUGCACACUGCAGGAGAGAAUCAGUCGAAAUUCGUCCUGAAGCCCAGAACAUUCAAAUUAUUGAAUAUCCAAAGAACCAAAGUGCUUUUAUCAAUUCCAGCCUAAUUUUCAACUGCACUGCCACCGGUCAUCCCAGGCCAACCAUCUCUUGGGUGAAGAACGAUGAUCCACAAGCUUUACAAACCAACCCAAGGGUAGAGGAGAAGGUUAUUUUGUUAGACAACAAAACCGUUCGCAGUCAGCUCUUGUUAACAGGAACUAAGAUGGAAGACAUUGGCACAUACCAUUGCGUGGCUCAUAACAGCGCCGGAGAAAGGGUAUCAACAGUGUCUUACUUAUUAACAGAGGAUUUAGGUAAGAGGCAUUCAUUUUUUGCACCUGAAAAUGACAAUUUUAUUCUUAAAAACUGUGCCGAUGAUUUAUCCGAAAAGCUUUAUAACUUUGUCUCGUCAAAAGGAAGGUUAUGA